AUGGCCGGCUCUGCGCUGAUGGACGAAAUCCUGGUGGGUGGACAGUGGCGCCGCGGCGGCGGCGAGGAGAUGGUUUCCGUCAAUCCGGCUGAUGGCCGCGUUAACGGCGUUAUCCACGUAGCCAGCCUGGACGACCUGGAACACAGUAUUGAAGUUGCUCAGCGUGCGUUCACCGAUUCUGGCUGGGCCGCGGCGUUGCCACAUGAACGAGCUCAGGUACUGCACCGCAUUGCCAACGCUAUCGAUGGGCAACGCGACACCCUGGCCGCCGUUCAAACCGCAGAUACCGGCAAAACGCUCACCGAGACUCGCGCCCUGGUCAGCAGCGCAGCGGGCACUUUUCGUUAUGUGGCAAGCGCUCUGGAAACUUUGGAAAACGCGUUGCCGCCUGCACGUGGAAACAGCGUGACGGCCAGCCUUUAUGAACCUCUGGGCAUCGUGGCCGCGAUCACGCCAUGGAACUCCCCCAUCGCCAGCGAUGCGCAGAAGCUUGCUCCAGCUUUGGCUGCCGGCAACGCGGUUGUUCUAAAACCAGCUGAGUGGACACCUAUGGUGAGUCUGGCGUUGGCCCGUCUAAUGAGCGAUUGCGGAUUGCCGCAAGGGCUGCUGUCACUGCUGCCAGGUUCUGGGGCGGUCAUCGGAAACGCGCUCGUACGUCACCCGCUGGUUAAAAAAGUCUCUUUUACCGGCGGCACGCAGACGGGGCUGAAGAUUGCUCAGGCGGCAGCGGAAAAGCUGAUGCCAGUGACGCUGGAGUUAGGCGGCAAGUCGCCCACUAUGGUGUUGCCGGACGCCGAUAUGGAGCGGGCUCUAGAGGGGGUGAUGUACGGCAUUUUCAGUUCCAGCGGCCAGUCGUGUAUCGCCGGGUCCCGGCUGUUUGUUCAGGCCGACCAGUUUGAUCAAUUUGUUAGCGCCUUGGUGGAAAAAACCCGGCGACUGAAGGUCGGAAUGCCGGACGACCCGGCAACGCGGGUGGGUCCAAUGGUGGCAUUUGAACACCGUGAUCGGGUUGCCGGCUAUGUUAGCCGAGCCCGGGACAACGGCGGGCGGAUUCUGUGUGGAGGAAAACCGCCGGCUGGCGACGCAUUUGAAAGAGGGGCGUUUUAUCUGCCUACCAUUAUCGAUCAGGUCAGUCCUGACGAUGCGAUCUGUCAGGAGGAAGUGUUUGGUCCAGUCCUGGUUGCUUUACCUUACACCGACGAGGCCGAUCUGAUUCGUCAGGCCAAUCACUCAACUUACGGUUUGGCCUGUGGUAUUUGGACCGAAAAUUACCGCACUGCUAAUCGUCUGGCGGCGGCGAUUGAAUGCGGCACUGUCUGGAUCAACACCUACAAACAGUUUAGCGCUUCAACCCCAUUUGGCGCCGCUCGCCUGAGCGGCCUGGGCACCGAAAAGGGCCGACUCGGAAUUCGCAGCUAUAUGCGCCAAAAGAGCGUGUAUUGGGACCUAAGCGAAAACCCGAUGUGUUGGUCCAAUACCGACGAUCAAACCGACGAUCAAACCGACGAUCAAACCGGCGAUCAAUGA